AGUGGACUGGUGUUUAGUCUGGUACUAAGCUGAGGUAUUUCAGAUGACCAAAAACGGCUAACGUCGCUCUCUCUUCCCAGAAUAUGUUUAAUCUCUCUUCGUCAUAUAUGAAUUUAAGGGUAACUGCUUCUUCGUGUCACAUAUAUUUCACACGGUAUCCUCCAUUAGUUUGAAAGGACGGGUGGGCUGUCUGGGGGCGCUCGCUCACUCUCUCCCUGCUCAUGCCAUCCCGCCGUUAACCGAGAGAAGCUCUAUGAGAGAGGAAAGCUGUAAACACAGCAGGGCGGCUGCGCCUUAACUAGGACAAUAAAGCGGUUUCCCCAUCAAUGCACUAACAAUGAACUUAGCCGAAAUGGUCGCGAUAAAGCUGCUUUGCCUGUUGUGCGCCUUGGAAUCCACUCAAGGUUACUAUGGCAACCCUUUGAACAAAUACAUUCGCCACUACGAAGGUCUGUCCUAUGACACAGAUUUUGUGCACAACAACCACCAGAGAGCCAAACGAGCUCUCUCUCACGAGGACCGGUUCCUUCAUCUGGACUUCCAUGCUCAUGGAAGGCAUUUCAACCUGAGAAUGAGGAGAGACACCAAGCUGUUCUCUGACGAUUUUAAGCUGGAAGUGUCUGGAGAAGAAAUCAGCUAUGACACCUCACAUAUCUAUACAGGGGAACUAUAUGGCGAACAGGGUAGCCUGACUCAUGGCUCUGUGGUCGAUGGCAAGUUUGAAGGGUUCAUUAAGACACAUCGUGGGACUUAUUAUGUGGAGCCCACUGAAAGAUAUUUGGAGGACAAAAAUGUGCCGUUCCACUCUGUCAUCUACCAUGAAGAUGAUAUCAACUACCCUCAUAAGUAUGGACCUGAGGGUGGUUGCGCAGACCACUCAGUCUUUGAGAGGAUGAAGAAAUAUCAGGCUUCUGCUAUAGAAGAGCCAACCAAGGAAAUAAAUGUAGUGUCAGAGAAGGAGCCAUCAGACAGCCAUCUUUUACAGAGGAAAAAGAGAAUGACUCAGGUGGAGAAGAACACUUGUCAGCUCUUCAUCCAGACAGACCACCUCUUCUUCAAAUAUUACAAGACCAGAGAGGCUGUCAUUGCUCAGAUUUCCAGCCAUGUUAAGGCAAUUGAUGCAAUCUACCAGGGUACAGAUUUUCUAGGUAUCCGCAACAUUAGCUUCAUGGUGAAGAGGAUAAGGAUCAACACCACUAGCGAUGAGAGGGACCGGUCUAACCCUUUCCGUUUUGCUAAUAUUGGCGUUGAGAAGUUUCUGGAGCUAAACUCUGAGCAGAACCAUGAUGAUUACUGCUUAGCUUAUGUCUUCACUGACAGAGACUUUGAUGAUGGCGUACUGGGACUGGCCUGGGUCGGAGCGCCUUCAGGGAGCUCUGGUGGUAUCUGUGAGAAGAGUAAGCUGUAUUCUGAUGGAAAGAGAAAAUCGCUGAACACUGGAAUUAUAACUGUUCAGAACUACGGGUCCCAUGUGCCCCCGAAAGUUUCACACAUCACUUUUGCUCAUGAAGUGGGUCACAACUUUGGCUCUCCGCAUGACUCAGGCCCUGAGUGCACUCCUGGAGAGUCAAAAAGCCAGGAUAAGAAGGAAAAAGGCAACUACAUCAUGUACGCUAGAGCCACUUCAGGAGACAAGCUCAACAACAACAAGUUCUCAGUGUGCAGCAUUCGAAACAUCAGCCAGGUGCUGGAGAAAAAGAGAGGCAACUGCUUCGUGGAGUCUGGGCAGCCGAUCUGUGGUAACGGCCUGGUGGAGCCUGGAGAGGAGUGUGACUGUGGCUAUAGUGACCAGUGCAGAGACCAGUGCUGCUACGAUGCUAACCAACCAGACAACAAGAAGUGCAAACUCAAACCCAACAAAGUCUGCAGUCCCAGCCAGGGCCCAUGCUGCACUCCAGAAUGUACAUACAAGAGUCAUAAUGAGAAGUGUCGGGAGGAGUCGGAGUGUGCCCACCCUGGCACGUGUAAUGGAGCCUCAGCCCAGUGCCCUACAUCAGAACCCAAAGCCAACUUCACUGCUUGCCAUGGAGAAACCCAAGUCUGCCUUAAUGGGGGAUGUUCUGGCUCAAUCUGUGAGAAAUAUGGACUGGAGGUGUGCACCUGUGCUAGUGUUGAUGGGAAGGAUGAGACAGAACUGUGCCAUGUCUGCUGCAUGGAGAAAAUGAACCCCAGCACCUGCAGCAGUACAGGCUCUGAGCGCCUGGCCCGAUUCUUCAAUAAGAAGGUGACCACGCUGCAGGCUGGCUCUCCCUGCAAUGACUUCAAGGGUUACUGUGAUGUGUUCAUGAAGUGCAGGCUGGUGGAUGCUGAUGGGCCUCUGGCCAGAUUAAAGAAAGCCAUCUUCAAUCCUGAGCUCUAUGAGAACAUUGCUGAGUGGAUAGUGGCUCACUGGUGGGCAGUGUUGUUGAUGGGCAUUGCUUUGAUCAUGCUCAUGGCUGGAUUCAUCAAGAUUUGCAGUGUGCACACACCCAGUAGUAACCCCAAACUACCCCCUCCUAAACCUCUACCAGGCACUCUGAAGAGGAGGCGAGCUCAGCAUGCUAGCCAACAGCAGCAGCAUCAUCAUCAACAUCACAAUCAGAACCAGCACCCUCAUGCCCAUGGCCAUCAGAACCAACGUCCAUCUCAGCGCCAGCCACAGCCCCAGCGCCACCACCGGCAGCCUAGAGAGAACUACCAGAUGGGCCAGAUGAGACGCUGAGAGCACUGGAAAUCCCAGCAAAUCUAUACCACCACUACCACUCCCCUCCCAGUGCCUGCCUACAGUGGGAUAACAGUCACUUAAGUUUUCACUACUUCACAGCCAGAUGUGGAGAAUUCUAGUUUUAACGCACCUGGAAAACGCAAAUUCUAUUCCAGUUUUCAAGAAUUCUGAAAUCCUUAACUAUGUGCAGUUGCAGAACUCCAGUUUGAUUUGAUCUGGAUUUGCUCCUUCUGGCUGUAGAACAAGGCUUUACUCCAAAGAAUCCAACUGGACCAGCACAUGGAAUCAUCACUACACUCCCAAUCUAGUAUUGCAUCAACUUUUUAACAGCUGUAUGCCACAGCUACAUGCUACAAAUGAACAGUGUAAGAUCAGUGUAGUCUUUUUAAAGCAGCCUUUGUCGGUAGUCAUGUGUACAACAGGAAUCGUUUACAAUAUUAUGUCCAGCAGUCCCUAGAGGAACCUGGACUAGUUCAUUAUGCUUCCGUUCACCCUACAGUCUUUUUACUGAGCCACUAGAUGAUAGGAAAUAGCUCUGCUCUGUUCAGAGGACUAAGUUUAAACUGCAUGGAUGUCUCUGGUUUCUGUACCGGAAAUCUCAGCAGGGACGAAAAAAUGAAAAACAUCUCAGACUUUUCUCUUUUGCCCUUGGAAAAAAGUCCUAUGAACAGCAGACAAAAAUUGAAGCUUUCACUCAUGAAGUAGUCUUAUUUUUUCUUGUUUUCCUCCCUGAUUCAUACCCUUACUGUUGGCAUGUUGAAAGAGUGCCAGGUUUUCAAGGACCAGGCAUAGAAACAGCAUCAACGGUAUCAACUUUUUCCUCUCUUUUUAUUUGACUUUCAAUUAACAUUGACGCACAUGGUUUAAGAUGAAAGCAUCUUUUUAAUGCCAUCAAUGCCAGGAAGUGAGGCAAACCUCAUCUAUAUAUUUGCAGCGUGGUUCCAAUACAACAUAUUUUUCAAUCAAGCAUAGGGAUCAAGCCUGAUGUCUUCAUGCAACUGCCUACUGCGCCACUGUACAGAAUUACAACUGUAAAGAGAAAAAAAAUAACUGUAUUAUAUGUGAGAACAAAAGUAUUUCUUCUACCGUUGGGAACAGAAAUAAAUUGCCGUUUUGAUCAAUAUUCUCAGGACUCAGACUCAAAUGAAGGGACUGUACUGAUGAGUGAGGAUGAAGGGAUUUAACAGACACGAGAGAUGAGGGAGAAUAGGAUGGUCCAGUCUUGGUCGAGCUGACUGUUCGACUUUCCCCUGUGCUUUUUUUUUUUUUUCCUUUGCUUUCUGUUUGUUUAGAUUUAUUAAUAUUAAUAAUAAUAAAUAGCGUUGUUUUGUGGAGAGGUGCACAUAGCUAGCACAAAACUCCAGUCUGGAAGAGAAUUACCCUCACAUUUCACAUUCUUAGUACUUGUAAUGUAAGUGAUUCAACUUUUCUACUUUGCUUAAAAUCUAGGGGAUCAUUGUCACUGCACCAAUUUAAUGCACACACCCAGAGAACACAUAUAUUAGAAUGUGCAUGCCGUGAAUACUCUAGCAGAGAUAUUAGUCCAUCAAAGCUACCUGUGUAUGUCAAUCUAUAUGAAGAAGAUAUGAAGAAGUUUUGAUUAAUCAUUGACACUUUUCAUUGAAGGUCCAUCCAUUGCUCAUCCCUUGGGGGGGGGUACUUGUGUACUUAAGCUGUAACCUUUUGUUUUUGCUACUUCAAAAGCAGAAGAAAAAAAACACUCUUCUCAAGCCCCUAUAGAUUAAUCAGUGACUUCAAUGAAAUACCAUCAGUUACAAUGUGACUGACACAGAGGUGACAACUACUUUACAACAUGUCACAUGUAUUACCAUUAGUCUUACUUGAAGCAGCAUAUUUCCAGAACCCAUGUGUCAUAAAGGCUAAUGCCUAAUGUAACUGAAAUACUAAUAUCACCAAAUAAUACUAAAAAAUACAUGUUGGUAGGGACAAGGUUUAAGGACACAAAGUAUAGUUUAAUGUACACUACAUCACACUAUGGUUUUAAAUUGAAUACACUACAUUGAGCUAUAAAUAAGCUGAUUUUCCAACACUCAAAAUACACACACAAGGUUAAAAGCAUUUAUCAGUUUACCUCCAGAUUCUUUUAGGCAAGGAAAUAGUUCAAGUAUGCUCAAGUAUGCUUAAAAGAAGGCUCAGAUUUCUGUUGUGGUGAUAUAAAUAAUUUUCUGCUUAGUGCGCUGUGAAUACUGGAGAAAAGAGCUAACAUACAUUCAUGACCGAGUUUACUUAUUGUUUUUUAGUUAAAAUAGUUUACUUCAAUCCUCUGUGGAAAUGAUUGGCCUGACCUGUUUGUCCUAACAAUGUACUUUUUACAAGUUGUGAAGCUAAUCAAGGACCACUUUACAUGCAUCAGGCAACCAUUUGUCAUAGUCUGUUUGAGUAGACUCGUCAAAGUGGAGUUUACAGUGGCCUUAAUCAUUCUACUAAAACUGAAUGAUUAGGUUUUAUAAUGCUAUCACAAAAGUGAGUCGAGUUGUCCUUUCAGUCAAAGCCCCAUGAAAUGCCUGAUGCUGUACCACUACGUUUACAUCAAUCCAACCACUGCCAUCUCCGCAAAGGCUCACCAUGUUUCUGAAGCCAUGCUAUGAAGUGGCAGGACAGGUGUACAGAAGUCUUGGGCAUUUCAGAGACUGGUAGCAGAGAUGGCACUGUUUGACCUCAGGGCUGUAAUCUCUCACUUUCAGAAUGAGAGAGCCUCAUCACAACAAAGUUUCAUUUUCAUUUCCACUACCAUUUCCAUUGGAAACGAGGGUUGUAGUAUGGUCAGGUUUUUUAAUGACCUUGCUUCCAUUGUUAAGGGGUUCAUAGGUAUACUGAGGUAUACCUCUGAACUCUGGUUCAGUUGUAUUUUUUGUUGUUUUAAAAUGCAUUGAAACUGCUACAUGAAGUGACUGGACUCUGCUUUGUGAGAUCUUGGUGUCAAAGGGUCAUGGUGCAGCUAAGAUGCCAUCAUUAAAGCUGUUCUAUUGACAAAGCUGUAAACUUCCUCCAUUGUAAACUAUGUACAGUUCCUGUAACAUUUCUUUUAAAUUUGAAGAUAAAUAUGAGAUUUUGAUACUUGUAUGUCUAUUUUUUUCCCCUCUUAAUUUUUGAGAACUUGCCCAAUCAAGAUUGAAAUGUGACCAUAUAGUGACAUUUUCUCUCAUUUCUGAAAAAUGUUAGUUUUUUUUUUUGUUUGUUUUGUUUUGUUUUGUUUUGUCAUCGUUAUUUUUAUCAGAAUUUGUGCUUAUAGAAAGUUAUUUUCUCUUCAUGGCAGUCAAUGAUCAAAAUAUUUCAAUGCGAUGAAGUGCAUAGGCUUUUUUUUUCUCAGUCUGUUUAGCCUGUGGUGUGAAGUGGAUAGAGGGGGAAAGACCUGCCUGUAUCUCACAUCUCUUUUAUUUUUUUAUUUUGGGUUUUGUUUUGCUUUUUUUAUUUGUGUAGUCUUGGUGAAUCUUUAUAGAAAAAAAAAUGUGCACUGAAAAUGUCCGAAGUGAGUCAAAACGUUGUAGGUGAUAUAGGCCGAAAGAUCACAAAAGCUAGGAAAAAAAAACUACUGUCUGUUAAUGUUAACUGUGUUUUAUACAGUACCUAAAUUUUUGUUCACUUUGAACAUUUUUACUUAACAUUUCAAAACGUAUUGUGCAAAGAGAUGUAAUUUUUUGGAGUACUUGAAAUGCAUUAAUAAAAAGGCUCAAUUGAAAACGUG